GAUGCGAAGCUGUGGAUUGUAGACCGCAUAUUGGAGCCUCAGUCGAUCCCGCAUUUUAUCGAGGCCACCAUGUUUGGGGUUCUUUCUGACGGAAGCAAGUCAUCGUUUCCGCCUCUGUCGGAAGAGGUUGUGAUGCUGAUGCAGCAGCCGCUGGCAUCGUGGGCACCGCCUCCCUUCGACGCCAGCCAGGAAAUCCCCGUGCAGCAGAUGAUGGUGCGCAUCGGCUCUCACGAAGAUUCAGCUCGACUGGUGCCCAUUUCAAAAGAAAUCCAUGCGAUGAAGUCGAGGCUCUGGGAGGGCAUCAUGCCUCUUUCUGAGAGGCGAUGGGACGAACUGAAGCUUGACUCUCCCGAAAACUUUCACACUGCUUGCCAAUACAUCGCCGGUGUUACAAAUGCAUUUCACUAUCUCAAUCUUCCACCCAUCAAAGGAGCACUUCGCGAGACGUACAAUCUAAUUUGGGCACACUUGAAAGACUUUGAGGACGCAGUCAAUGCCAAGAAUAGGCUGGAGAUCAAGCCCGAGGUUCAAAUUGCGGCUAGAUGGCACGAGUAUAUCAAGGCUCACUACAAUGCUGUCUCAUCACGCUCUCACCGUUGGGUAGUGGACAGCAUAGACCGUCUCCGCGUCCCCAUUCUCGAGGAGCUUGCAAACCUUCCUACUACGGCGGAUAUCACCCCUAGCCCGCAGGAAUGGUUGCUGACAAACAAACUCCACGAUUUGUUGGAAAACGGGGCUCAAGCUGAUUCGGGCAUCUUUUUGCCAAUGGACGGCUAUGAAGGAGAAGGUCUUGCUGAGCAGGACGACGCGCCGCCACGGCCAGAUGCCGCUGAGCCAUACCGCAGGGAGCCCAUCUCCUUUUCGGCCAACGCGAAUGCUCGAAAGGGGGAUUACUACUUGAGACUAAAAUAUCUGUCACGCACUGAGGUAUGGCUUGGCCAGGAGCGUGGCGGCAUGGACAUGCCAGCUGGCUUGCCGACUGGCUUUGAUGUUCUGUCUGAUAUGGCAAAGACGGCUCAGUGCCAAGUAAUUGCGCAAGAAAAAGCAAGGCUGGAGCUUCGAGGAGAGCCGGUGCCCAUGGAGCAAGAGCAGUGGGUGAUGAAGGCACACCAGUAUAUCGGUACCGGAAACAACUUUGAAUGGGGUUACGUGGCAUACCGUCUCUCUCAUGAUCACACGGACGAAGAGUGGGAGGCUUUCAAGGCGAAGUUUGAGGCUGAUAUCGCGAACUGGGGCCGUGAAUUGAGCGGCGUCGAUACCAUUAGAGAAAAGUCAAAGAUCCAUUGGCGGGAUGCUCGGGAUCUGGGCAUCGCGGAUGGAGAUAUUGAUGCCCUCAGAACUCAAUUCCAAACCUUCCGAGACUCAGAAGGGUUUCCAUUGGGCGUUCACACCGAUAUUCUGCUGGCUGCGGACAAGGGCGUCAUCGACUCCUAUCUCCAUCCGGUGCCGCAGCAAGACGGCUUCGUGAUUGCCAUUGACGCGGACCACGAUCCAAAUGAAGUUGAUACCGAGCGCUUGGCUGAAUCUCCGGGCUACAAGGGAGUUGUGCGCGUUCUUGGGAGCUUGUUGUGGGAUGACCUUGGGGCUCUUGUGUUUAUGCAGACACAGGGUCUGGCUGAGCUGUGGCCGCUUGCGAUGCACCAUCCCCAGGGGGUGUACGAGGGA